UGUGAUGCCAAGCGGGAGUUGCAGGGCGUUGCUUACCUAGCCUGCAACACGCAGGCAGCAGUCGCAUACUGGACAUACUUGGACCGCUAGCCGGGCAUCAAUCGGGUUAUAAAAUGCGCUGGGAGAUUUCCCCGCGUGCAACGCAAUUUCCCGCGUUAUCAACUGCAGUGUUCCGGCCGUUUUCGUCCGGGACAAGAUAUGGAGUGCUUACAGGCAUUCGUCUCUCAAUCGGGCGUCGUGCAUAUGCACGCUUCAUACCAGGUGCGUAUGCCCACUUACUGUUGUUGCCUGAACGAAACCAUGCAACAACAUAUCCAGUAUACGGACACACACAGCGUAACAUGGCAUUCUUUCUAGCAGGCGAAGUUGCCAAUACCGAUAAUGCCCCAUCCAAUAUCCCUAUUCGAAUUUUGGUCUGCGCGCUUCGGUCCUUAGUCUCGCGCUUCGUACCGCAAAUGGCAGUAUCCAAGCUUCAUUGUGUUCGUCUUCUGCAACGCCGCACCGACAAUAUUCGCAACGGUUGCUCUGUAUGGCGAUAUGCUUUUCCCACGCGGAAGUCAGUCUCAGUCAAGCACUGGCAGGAAACUUUCUGCCAAGUUUGGUGGCUGACACACCAGGAAGCAUACUUCCACAGUCUCUCCAAUGAUCUCGUCAGGGCGCAAACAUUCGUUCGACUUUUUGGAAAACGCCUUCCCUCUCGGGGACAAGACGGGCUACGGCCGCUGCACCAAAAAGAAUAACACGAGGUCGUACCCAGUUUGGAGCCCCUUGCAAUGAUGCGGUGCAUUCGAUAUGCACCAACAGACGCUACGGAAUAAGCAGGUUCCGUUUGGCGUACAGCAAACGCCCUUCACUCUUGCUACCUCGUAUCUCAACCAUGGCGAAUGCGAAAUGUCAGUCGUACUCAACGCUCGCAUCUCCUAGGAGCAAUUAAGGCCACGCAAGGGCGUACCCCUCGUUCCCGAUGAUCGGCAUUUAAGGCUGGCCAGAUCACCCAAAGAUCACCUAAGAUCACCGGUGAUAGGCAGUGUGAAUCUAGGCCACGAUCUCC